AUGAACUUAAAAAGGGAACAAAAAUCUGAAAUUUUAAAAAGGUCGGAUAAAAUGAUAGACAGUCAUCGAGAAUUUUUAGAUAUGGAUACCGAUGAAGAAGAGUUUGGACAUGAAGAACCACCAGAAAUUGAAGAAGAACUUCCUAUAGAACCGGAGAAGCCAAUAUUCAGUAAAGAAGAUCUAAUUGCCUUAGUAAAAUAUGUAAAAGAUUUAACAAUAUACCCUUGCAAUGGCAUAAGUUGGAACGAGCAUUCUGAUAAAACAAUUCAAGAAUAUUUUAAAAAUCCAACAUACACAGUACUGACCACAUUUUACGACAAAAAUGAAUUAAACGCCAUGUUAAAUAUUCCGAUACAUGCAUCUAAGGGAUUUACAUAUUUCUUAAGAUCAUCGUGGCAAAUUUAUACUGCAGAAAAUUUUUUAAACACCGUCUCAUUUGGCAGUAUUAACAAUAAUAUUAAAAAUAGCAUUUUAAAAUUUAUGGAAAAUAUAUAUGCACCAAUUGUGCUUCAUAGUGAUGAUUACGCAUCAUUUCUAAGAAAUGACGUUGUUUUAAAUUUACAUAAGUUUAUCACACAUCUAAUGGAAGAAAUUUACAAACCGAUAGAUCUGACUAUUUUAUACGUACCAAAGGAAUGUCUCCUUGAAACAUUUUUAAGAUCUUCGGAUAAAGAUAAUAAUUUUUUAAUGGGAACAAAUCAAACGAUGUCCCUUUCGGAGGAAGAUGAAAGAAAACGAAAAUUAAUCAGCCGAUUAGAAAAAGUAGUUCAAUUUUGGAUUAGACAAAUACGUAAAGCAACAACAACAUCGAUAACAAGAAAAGUUAAAAAUAUACAAGAUGAAGUUAAUUAUUGGAAUACAAAAAAAGGCGUUGAAAAUUCUGUGACAGAAGCGUUGCUUCUCAUAUUAUUCAUCUGGACAGAAUCGCCAUUUUAUUCUACUAAGGUUAAUAUGGAAACAUUAUGCCAAGCUCUGAGCUCACAGAUAAUGGAGGAAUGUAAAAAAUAUAUUAAACUAGACGUUGCCUUUGGAAAUAAUCCUGAAGUGGGCAUACAGAUGUUGGAGAAGUGUAUAUUCUGUUGUGAUGUUUAUAAAACUAUUUAUGAUAACAUCAUGAUAAAUACUACAUUUUAUACGAAUCUUGAUAAAAUAUGGGACGUAAAUAAACAGGAAGUUUUCAAUAAAAUUGAUAUUUUUAAACAAAGAUGCUAUGAUGUCAUUGAAAUUUGUAAAACACUGAUAGUAUUUGGAAGAGACAGUCCAAUAGGAUUAAUUGGAGGUCCUAACGGAACCGAAUAUGAAACGUAUUGGCGGGAAAUUGAAUCUUUGUUUUAUGAAAGCUUAGACGAAGUUAUAUCAGAUCGCGUUAUUAUCUUCAAUGUUUCUAAAUCGACUUGGCUUAAAAAAAUUGAACAAUUUAGGUAUAUGAUUCAACAAUUAGAAAAUAUGACAAUAAAUUUAAUUAAUGAUAUAUUUGAAAAUAUAAAGAAUAUAGAAGAAGGUAUUGAAGCAAUUUAUGCUUUACGAAAAUUUAGAAACAGAAAAAGUUUACGAGAUAUAUUGCAAAUCAAGUGGACAAAGAUAUGGGAAAUAUUUAAUAACGAAAUCGAACAUUGUUAUAUUAACGCCAUUGAUCAGUCAAAACAAAAAGCUGAUAUCGACGUAAAUUUGUUAUGCAUCUCACAAUACUUAAGAAAUCAAUAUUUUAUCAUCAUAAAUGCACUAGAUUGGAUAGGAGAUUGUGAGCUUGGAAAGUAUGUUUUGCAACAAUAUGAACAUGUAUUAGAUAUAAUUGACAAGAGAAGAAAGAUGUUUAACAUUUACAAUUUAAAUCUAAUACAAUAA